AUCUGCGCCGUGUGAUCUGUUAAAGGGUCGAGAAGCGUUUUCCGUCAUCCAGCUGUUAAUCUCUAUCAAAUCACUUCAAUUCUCUUCAACUCAUUGAAGGCUUUCAACAUUUUGCUUGGUCAGAGGAACAGCGGUCAGCACGCAGGAUGGGGGCUACAGGUGGGUUUCGUGCCCCGGCGGCGAUGGUCAUUGCUGGGUUGUUGAGUGUGCUGGGGGGAGUGUCUUGGUUUUGGAGUUUGGUGGCACUUCUAGCAGUUUAUUUAUGUUGUGGAGGAUGGAGGUUUCUCUAUGUGGCCGCAUGUACCAUCAAGAGAGAUCUUGUUGGUCUGUUCAUACUGCUGCGCGUGAAGUACUUCAUGCAUUAUUAUAUUCGUACGCGCAGUACCAUCCCGUCCAUAUUUGCCCAGUGGGUGGCGCUCCACCCGGAUAAACCCGCCCUUGUGGAGGAGUCUACAGGCGAGGUGUGGAGCUUCUCUGAACUAGACCGGCGGUCUAAUGCCGUCGCUCAGUGGGCUGUCAUGCAGGGAUGGGUGUCGGGCGACGUGGUGGCCAUCUUUAUGGAGAGUCGCCCGGCCAUGGUUGCGCUGUGGCUCGGACUGGCUAAAGUGGGUGUGGAGCCGGCGCUCAUCAAUUUCAACCUGCGACGUGACUCGUUGAUGCACUGUGUGGGCGUGUCCGGAUCAAGAGGGAUGGUGUUUGGGGCUGAGCUUGCGGACGUGAUGUUGGAGGUGAAGGACUCUUUGAGCAGUCUUGCUCUCUUCUGUGCUGGUGAAGUUCCAGUCGAGACUUUAAACUCUCUGUCGGCUCAGAAUCUGGAUGUGUUGCUGGCUUCAUCUCCUGACGAUGCUCCCGCCAUCACACACAACAAGGGCUUCAACGACAGAUUAUUUUAUAUCUACACCUCUGGAACGACGGGUUUACCUAAAGCUGCCAUUGUGGUUCACAGCAGGUACUAUCGUAUUGCAGCGUUUGGAUAUUACUCUUUUGGUCUGCGUCCAGAUGAUGUUGUUUACUGCUGCCUGCCGUUGUAUCACUCUGCAGGCAACAUCGUGGGGGUGGGGCAGUGUCUGCUGCACGGCCUGACGGUGGUGAUUCGAAGGAAGUUUUCUGCUAGUCGUUUUUGGGACGACUGCAUCAAAUACAAUUGCACGGUGAUCCAAUACAUUGGUGAAAUAUGUCGGUAUCUUUUAUCUCAACCAACCCGUCCGUCUGAGUCUCGUCACCAGGUGCGUGUUGCGUUGGGCAACGGUCUGCGGCCCAAUGUUUGGGUGGGUUUUAUGAAACGUUUCAACAUUAAACGUAUCGGAGAGUUCUAUGGAGCCACAGAGUGCAACUGCAGCCUCGCCAACAUGGACAGCAAGGUCGGGGCGUGUGGCUUUAACAGUGUGAUUCUGCCCAGCGUGUAUCCCAUCAGACUGUUGAGAGUGGACGAGGAGACAAUGGAGUUAAUUAGAGACAGCAGAGGACUGUGUAUUCCAUGCAAACCUGGAGAACCAGGGAUUAUCGUUGGGCGAAUCAAUCCUAACGAUCCUUUACGUCGCUUUGACGGCUAUGCUAAUCAGGAGGCCAACAACAAGAAGAUAAUGCACAAUGUCUUCAAACAGGAUGACUCAGCUUAUGUAUCAGGUGAUUUGAUGGUUAUGGAUGAGUUUGGUUAUGUGUAUUUCCGGGACCGAAGUGGAGACACAUUCCGCUGGCGUGGAGAGAACGUUUCAACCACAGAGGUGGAAGGAAUUCUGAGUUCUCUGUUGAAUCAGACAGAUGUUGCUGUCUAUGGAGUCUCUGUGCCAGGUGUGGAGGGUAAAGCAGGAAUGGCUGCCAUAGCUGACAUGACAAAUAAUUUUGACUGCGAGAAGUUUGUACGAGAUGUGCAGAGCACCCUUCCCUCUUACGCUCGUCCCGUCUUCUUGCGGCUUUCACCUGAGGUGGACAAAACCGGUACCUUCAAAAUCCAAAAAACACGCUUACAGAAAGAGGGAUUCAACCCAAGGCUAACCACUGACCGGAUGUACUUUCUGAACAGCCGUUUGGGGCAUUAUGAGACUCUGACAGAGGAACUAUACAAUGACAUCAUGCAAGGAAAAAUAUCUCUAUGAGAAAGACAGUCAUAUCAUAGUGUAUCUGCAACAGCAGACAGGCGUUGUGCUUUCAGACUGACAGUGUGCAUUUACCUGCACAAUCUUGCACCAAUUAAGCUUAAUAUGCAGACAACAUGUGUGAUCACGUAAAUGCCUUAAAUGGCUUUCCUUUAUCGUGGUUUGGUCAUAAACAGUUUAAGCAAUAAUCAAUCAACAAGGGUCAAUUUUUGCACAUUACCUCCAUUCUGCUGUGCAUGUUGCACCUUUGCCAACGGUCCAACCGGUUUAUCCAAUGUGCGCAAAUGAUGAGCGCACGCCUCUUUAUAAUUCGACAACAAAAGCAGAGAUGAUUUCAAGUCUCACGUAAAUGUGAUUUUUCCUGCGUUUCUUAUUUUUUGAAUUAGCAGAGUUUUGGUAGUUAUUAGUAUAUAGGUGUUCAUGUAAACACCCUCAUUGUUUCUGCUACAUAACAGAGCUGCAGCUCUGUCCAGAAAAUAGUGAUUUCUGGGUGACAUUUUUUGAUAAAGGUCACAAAUUAGAAAAUGGUUGUCAUAGUUGCAUCACUGAGAUGUAUGAAAAACUUCAUGGUCAUGAAAUGUAAUUUACACGAAGAGGCGGAUCACAAUCACUGUACAUCUGAAUGCACUUAAUCUAAACAGGAGGGAUGGGUUUUGUUUUAAACAAAAGGUGAGAAGCUCACCAAAUUACUUGUGCAUUUCAAAAUAUAGUGUUUAUAAAUUUGUUCAGUUGAAUUGCCUGUAUUUUUCUGUUUGAAACACACAAAAAUUGUCUUAGAGCUGAAACUGUACUUGCAAUGUAAUGAAAACACUUCACAUAUAAGUUGUAGUAAUGAAAUGUGAGAAUCAGACCUUAAUGUGCAAAUGUUAUAAGUGUACUUUGUUGGGUAUCGAUAUGCUGUAACUCCUGAAAAAGACUUGACAAAAAUCAAGCUCAUAGUCUGCCUCUGUUGUUACUUGAAACGUCUUGCUAAAUGAACAACACUUCUGCCUUUUCUACUCUUGAUUUGAGUCAUUGCACAUCAGGCUGCACAAGGGAAAUCCAGCCCACUGACAUGUGUAGAUUCUGAUUAGAACAUAAUGAACUGAAUUCACCUCAUCAGUUUACUGUAACUCUCAUCUCAAUUAUUGAACUGAACUUUCUGAAUGUUUGUCCUUUAAAAAAUUACAUUUAAUUUUG